AUGCCACCAAAUGCACCAGCUGAACUUGAUGCAAAUGUAGUAGCCCAGGUUCGUGCACAAGUAGCCGAUCUCCUCCAUCCCCGUUAUGAUACUCACUUCAAUAUCCUACGAUGGUUACAAUCCUGUGAGUUCAAUAUACCAAAGACAGUUCACAAUCUUCGGAAGCAUCUGAAGUGGAGAAAGGAACGUCAUCUGGACGAGGACGCUCGUGGACUUCAAAGUUGUCCUAUAACUGCUGAAUAUGCCCCGGUUUCCAUCAUCGGACCCAACCGAAAGAACGGAGAUCGGCUGAUCGUCGUGGACCAGAGUGGUAAACUCGAUAUUAGAGGAGUAAUGAAUUCAAUCCAGCCAACACAAUAUCUUCAUCAAUUGUUCCGUAAUUUUGAGAAAAUACUGACAAUGUUGAAUGAGAUGGAAGCCAGAACAGGUGUUCAGUGCUCCAUAUACUACGUCUUCGAUCUUGAAGGGCUCAGCUUUGAUCCCACACUUUUGGGAAUCCUUAGCGGUCCUUUCCGGGUAUCCUGGCAAUUGAUAGGACAACAUUAUCGAGAGUUUAUCAAUCAAUUUGUCGUCAUCAACACCCCUAGCUAUAUCAAUGUACUCUGGACCGCCAUAUCGCCAUUUAUCCCAGAGAAUGCACGAAGUCGAGUAGUAAUCACUGGCAAGGACUGGCCACAAGAGAUCCUCGAAUUAGCCGAUCCCGACUGCCUUCCCGAACGAUAUGGUGGAGAAAUUCCCGAUGAGAAAAUCCUAAAAGAUCCUAAACCUGUGCCGAAGGACUUGUACUGGCGGCCAAAACCGGGUUACCCGAGCGUGACUUCGUUGCAUCGCAUCUCGAUUCCAGCAGGGAAAACGAGGACGUUAACCUAUCACGUCACCGCUGGAACUGAUCUCCUUGUUUACUCUCAAAAUGAUUCUGACGUCACAUUUGGCAUGUACUACACCGAAAAAGAAGAAGCCCCGGAAGAAGAGCGUGAUAUCCUCGUACCUCCAACCCAAAAAUGUGGUCUACCUGCUGUUGAUUUUCUCGAUCAACACGUCGAACUUUCUGGCUAUUUUCAUAUCAGUCUUUCAAACGAUGCUGCAUGGCUCUUUCCGACAACGUACAAGAUGAUAGUAAUGGAUCGAAGUGGAAAAGAAAUCAAAGCAAUCAAUCAAAAGGAAAAAUGGAUUAAGCAAGGUUCAAAACAGAAAUAG